GGCGAACUUCGCAUGGGUGUCCGUGGAGCUUUGAUUGGCUCAGCCACUCAUAUCAACGCUAACCCAGCCUACGAGAUACCAAGGUCUUGACCUUCACUGCAACUGUUUAUUAGAGAGGCCCAUCCACCCAAGACCCACCAGACCGGACCCAUCUGCUCCAUCUCUUUGUCUCCUCACCUACGUUACAGCUUGAUAUAAUCAAGGCUUGUGACAACAUGUCCGAUAACAAGGUUUACGAGGUCAACGAGAAACUCAGUUCGCCCUCGAACGAGUUCCAUGGCAAGGACGAUGCCAUCUAUCGCACUCAAACUGAACACAGUGUCACUCAAGGUCAAGUCCACAAUGCCGAUCAGCUACAGAGGCAUUUGGGCAAUCGUCAGGUUCAACUGAUUGCCAUUGGUGGCUCCAUCGGCACUGCUACCUUCGUCUCUAUUGCCAAUGGUCUGGUCAAGGGCGGUCCAGGUUCCCUGUUCCUCGCCUACACCAUCUACUCAUGUAUGCUGGGGCUAGUCAACAACUCCAUGGCGGAGAUGGCCUCCUUCAUGCCCGUCACUGGUGGCUUCAUCCGCAUGGCUGGACACUGGGUUGAUCCUGCAAUGGGCUUCUGGGCUGGCUGGAAUUUCUUUAUCUACGAGGCCAUCCUUAUUCCCUUCGAGAUCAGCGCAUUGAAUCUCGUGCUCAAGUUCUGGAGCGAUGAUAUUCCAGUUGCCGCAGUCGUCGCUGUCUGUAUCGUCCUAUACUUUGCCAUCAACGCCUUUGUCGUCAAGGCAUACGGAGAGACUGAAUUUUGGCUCGCUCUCGGAAAGGUCUUCCUCAUUCUGAUCGUCUUUUCGUUCACUUUCAUCACGAUGGUUGGUGGCAACCCCUUGAAGGACGCAUACGGAUUCCGCUACUGGAAAAAUCCCGGCGCCUUUGCCGAAUAUAACUCCACCGGAGAUCUUGGUCGAUUUGAGGGUUUCCUUGGUUCCAUGUGGAGCGCUGCUUUCACAGUUGUGGGUCCCGAGUACCUGUCCAUGCUCUCUGGUGAAGUGAAGCUUCCCAGGACCUACCUCAAGAACGCUUUCAAGGUUACCUAUGUUCGUUUCGCCUUCUUCUUCAUCGGCAGUGCACUUUGCAUCGGAAUUGUCAUCCCAUACAACGAGAAGACUCUACUUGAUGUCAUGUCUGGUGCCGCUGGUGGUGCUGGAAGUGCCGCUGCUUCUCCCUACGUUAUUGCUAUGAGGAAUAUGCGUGUCAGCGGUCUUCCUCACCUCGUAAACGCAUUACUAUGCACUUCCAUCUUCUCCGCCGGAAACGCCUAUACUUACUACGGAACACGCUCGCUUUACGGCCUUGCCCUUGAAGGCCAAGCGCCUAAAUUCUUGAAGAAGUGCACGAAGAAGGGCGUGCCAUUUUACUGUCUGCUCGUCACCAUUUGCUUCCCCUUCCUUGGCUUCCUGAAUGUCAACGCCGGAUCCGCUAAGGUGUUGACUUGGUUCAUCAACAUCAUCACUGGAGCCCAGAUCAUCAACUAUAUCGUUAUUUGCAUCACGUACCUAUUCUUCUACCGCGCAGUCAAGGCCCAGGGUGUUGACCGUAAGGCCAUGCCUUACUACGGUCGCUUCCAGCCUUAUGGCACCUGGAUCUCCAUGAUUUUCUUGAUUCUUGUGCUUGGCGGUUACGGCUACGGUACCUUCCUGCCUGGCAACUUCACUGUUGAUGGUCUCUUCACCUACUACUUUAUGGUCGGCAUCGCGCCUGUGCUCUUCCUUGGUUGGAAGUUCCUCAAGAAAACAAAGACGGUCAAGCCCCACGAGGCUGAUCUCGUGUGGGAGAAGGCAUACAUCGAUGCGUAUGAGUCCUCUUUCGCUGAGGAGACUAAGGGUUUCUGGCAAGAGAUCCUCGAGAUGUUCAUGUGCGGCAUGAAGGGCCGCAAGAAGCAAAGCGGGUAUGCUUAGAUGGCUCACCGUUCUAGCGGUGAAAGCCGCUCACCUUUGGAAUGGGGUUGUCGACGACUGCAGGCACUAUGAAUGCCCGACCUUUAUUUGACAUGUUGUUCGCACAAUUUUCGUUGGUUUUGCUAGAAAUGAGAAGCAGUCAAAGUGCC